AUGGCAUCUGGGAUUGUCAGAGCAUUGGUUGUGAGGAAAUAUUUGGAACCAAAGAAUUGCAGGGCCGUAUCUGGCACCGGUAGGAGGACACCUGUACAGAAAGAAAGGAAGAAGGUGAGAGCUCCCUUCUAUGAUAAAAAUGGGUUAAAGAAAGGUGAAUGGAGUCCCGAGGAAGAUCAUAAACUAAGGUCUUUUAUCGAGAGAUAUGGCCAUAGUAACUGGCGUCAACUUCCUAAGCUUUUGGGGUUAUUUGUUUUAGGUCUUAAAAGGUGUGGGAAGAGUUGUAGAUUAAGAUGGAUGAAUUACCUACGUCCUGAAGUAAAACACGGGAAUUUUACUGAAGAAGAAGGUGCAUUGAUCAUCAAAUUACAUGAACAAUUUGGAAACAGAUGGUCCACCAUCGCUAAAAGCUUGCCUGGAAGAUCGGACAACGAAAUAAAAAACCACAGGCACAGAUCGCUUAAAGGAAGAAAAAAAGGGAACCUGACAACAUCUGAUGCCAAAGAAGACUCUACUUGUCCAAGUGAAACCACCCAGAAUUCUCAAGGUGAAGCUAAAAGCAUCCUUACUGAUACUCCGGCCAUCAUGAUCUUAGAGAGUUCACUUCUGUCUCCAGCAACAUCUUCAAUUACUGAACUGUCCUCCUUUAGUUCGGACAGAGGUUAUAUGUCCGGAUUUAAUGUUGUUAGGGGUGUAGAAGAUACCUGUUUUCCUUCAGAAAUAUACGAAGCUCAAAGCAGUGGACAUUUCUGGAGUCAGCCCUUUGUUGCAGACAAUAUCUACAACCAAGAUGGCUAUCCAUCAGCCAUGGAAAAAUGCGGAAUUGAGCUGCUAUUUCCUUUUGACGACAUGUAUUAUGAGGAUUUUGUGUAUUUUCUCUAA